UGUUCAUGUCUGCCGUCAUUCAACGAAGGUGAGGGUGUAUAGGUGCGUCUUGUUUUGUGUCAGAAAGUUGCCGUAUGGACGAUUAAUAAUGACUUAAGGGACUUGAUCGAACAGAGAAAGAUGGGAGAUUUAUACCGUGGGUAUUGUCUCUCAUGGACUGGCCUUUUUAGAGAGAUAAUUCUCCAUAUAUUCCGAUGCUGAAGUGAACAAAAUGGCAGCUCAUCCAAAGUUUGACAAAAUGGCAGUCACAGUGGAUAACUCUUCGUCGAAUUCUAGUGUUUAUGACACAAACACAAAGGAGGAUUUGGACCAUAGGCCUUCUAUGGGAAAUAUGAAAUCCUUAACAGACGGUAUGCAUAAAAAGAAGAGCACGUUUAAAAUCACAAGCGUGACGAAAAACAUUCAGCGCCCCCCGAUCGGAGGGGACCCCCCGAACGAUGCAGAUGGUGAUUCUAUGGAUGACUUAGACGAGACUGUGGAAAGUCACACAGAAGAUCUAAGUUCAGAAAUCCUAGAUAGUUCUAAAUAUACAGAUCUAGGCGACCAAAACACGCCUUUAGAGGAUUUUACCCAGACGUUUGGUCAGGACUCGGAAGUGAUAAUUAGCAAUACAGGCGGUAAGGAGGUCACAACUAAAGAGAAAAGUGAUGUUCAUUCUAGUACCACCACACGUUUUAAAGUAGUUAAAAUAGAGACCAAAGAACCAUUUAGAAGGGGUAGAUGGCUGUGUCAUGAUUUGCUUGACACGCCAGUGACAGAAAAGAGUGAAACAAAGGUAGUUAGAGACUCGACGACAGAUGAUCAAGCCAAUUCUGGAAACUCAAGUGCUUCAAGUUCUAUACAUUAUGUUCCCGGUGUUGAUGAUCCAGCCAAGAAUCCAUUAGCUGUGACGGGAUUGCAGAACCAAGGAACGGACGGAUUUGUCAUUCAAAGUGAUAAUCAGAGUGAUAAAUUUCAGUCUAAACCGCAACCAGGAAUGGUGCCUACUUCCCAGGACGGCACACAUUCCUAUAACCAACCUAAUCCAAACGUGUCCCAGAUUCCUACUAGUUUGCCAACCCAUCCAUCGCAAAACUACCAGGGCAUUGUUGUAAAUACUGGUGCGGGAUCGCCUGGUCAGACUAGGCAAAAUAUCCCGCAGACAGGCCCAGUUACUGGACACGGUGGGUCGGUACCACCAGGUCAUGUACAAAAACCUAUGCAAGUCCAGACUCCAGUAGCAGAUAAUGCUAACCCUAGUUCACAACAUUCAUCAAUGCCAGUUACUACAGGCACCUCACAAAUUCCAAACAGCAUUACCGGACAAAUGCCUCCAACUUUGAAUGAUCAGACAAAACUGCCACAACCAGGAGGCACAGGUCUGGGUCCUGUUCCAAGUGGGCAGUCCCAAAUCAACCAAAGUACUGUAGACUCUAGCUCUAAUCCAGCGUCUGCUAAAGAUACUGCACACUGGAAUGAGUCGGAUGGGGGUGAAGUUCAAACUUUGAAUUUUAACAUUGCUGCUAGUCGGUUUAACAAUGACCAAACAGGCCUAGACAGUAGACUUACUCAUCAAUUGAAACCGGUAACCGGUCCUUCACAUUUCAGUGAUUUUUCAGCCCCAAUCUUGACGCCAUUAGCUGUUGCUGAAGCUGUUGGUGGCAUGUCUAGUCCAACGAAAGCAGAUGAAAGGUAAACUUUGUCUAAUUUCUCACGUGUAAUCUGUGUAGAAGGCCACCAUUUAUACAGCAGAUAUAUAUGUGUAA